GAACUGCAUGUGUCUCUCACGCAUGCUUUGAAGCCGUUGACAUAUGUUCUCGCCGUGGCAAACUGCCCCUGAUGUUACGGUAACGGAAGCUAAAGCUGCCCUUCGAUAUAGCCCUUUUCUUUUCUUCAACAAAACCAGAGUUUGCGGUUGCACCGUACAGCCACAGCAAAGGAAGCAGCAAGAGUCCUGCCGCUUGUUCCACCGUGAGCAAGGAGUUAGGCCCAUUUAUUUCAAGGCUACAACGAGGUCUUCUGACGCCAUACCAUUGAAGCCAAAAUGAAACGCGAAAGGGAGGAAGAAGAAUGUAUGGCGGAGAAGAGACAAUUGCCUCGAGAUCUGACGCAUUUUGUCGACAGGCCGCUUGCUCUGUUAGAAGAAGCCUUCAAAGCGCUGAGCGCUGAAGAAAUCAAUUCUUUGCUGCCUGAAGAGCUCAAGGGUAUUCCGUUUGAUGAGCUGAAACGCAUGUGUCACAGCCAGCUCUGCAGGCUACCUAAGAGCUCUUUGCUCCGAAUUCUAAACGUGACCGCAACAAGUGCGCAAGAGACACGGGAAAGGAUGCAGCAGGUGUCACCCAAGCCGAACGACUCGGAAAGCGAAGCGGCUGGAGACAGAGCGAAGUUGGAGCAGCCUGAAAGCUACGAUAACGAAUACCGUGACAUCUCCAUCAUGUGUACAUCGACUCAGAUGGAGAUCUUGGAGCUGGAACUUCGGGCUCGGGCCAUCCGGUCUCUCAUGGAUGUUCAAGGGCAAAAAGGACUGAACCUCUCGGGUGCCAAGCACUCCGACACUGACGAAUGAAACAGCCCCAUUUAUAACUAGCAUGAUUUGCACGUGCACACAGACCAUAUUCAUAUCCAUAUCCAUGCUGGACGCGGUCAUUUCAGUUGUAUUAGCACCACAGUAUUAUAGUAUACGGAGGUACAUACAGCAUCUAAUAUUCCGCAGUUUUACUCAUCAAUUCCUCUUUCAUGAUAUUCAGUGAUACCUUCAGUGGCUAUGACCUUCAUUCCCUAUCAGCAUAAAUGAAAACUGAAUAGUGCUCUCAA